AGGAUGGAGAACUUAACAGAAGGGCGUGUUUGUCAAUAUUGAGACGGUAGGAGGAGUCAUUCAGAUAAAAUUUAAAAGUUUAGUAGCUGGUUUGUUAGUCGAGAUAAAAUAAAGGGAGCUGUUGGAUAUAUAUAUAAUAUAACUCAAAUACAAACCACCUAACAUAUAAAAACUCACCAAACCUUGUCUUCUUGCUCUCUCAGUGUUCUACUCCGCUUUCAUCUCUCUCGUUUUCACCGCCGUUUCUCCCUUCUUCCCCUUCGCCGAAUCCGUCUCCCAUGGCUCCUUCGUUCGUGAUCAACGGGGGCGACUUCGCCGCCGCCAUCGGCAAGACCUCCAGCGGCGGCCGCGCAUCCUCCGUUUACAGUGAGGUCCAGACCAGCCGAAUUGACUACGCACUCCCUCUCCCCUCAGUCCUCACCGGUCCAUUCAAGAUCGUUGACGGCCCCGCUAGUUCCGCCGCCGGGAACCCUGAUGGGAUCGCCAGUCUGUUCCCGAAUCUGUUUGGCCAGCCUUCCACAAUGCUGGUGCCGACCGACGGCGAGCAUGCUCUCGAUUCCGGUCGGAAACUGAAAAUCGGCGUGGUCUUGUCCGGUGGCCAGGCGCCCGGAGGACACAAUGUCAUCUCCGGGAUCUUUGAUUACUUGCAGGCUCAUGCCAAGGGGAGUACGGUUUAUGGAUUCCGUGGAGGUCCUGCUGGUAUCAUGAAGUGCAAGUAUGUAGAACUGACUCCUGACUACAUUCGCCCUUACAGAAACCAGGGUGGUUUUGAUAUGAUCUGCAGUGGCAGGGACAAGAUUGAGACACCUGAACAGUUUAAGCAAGCUGAAGAAACUGCAGUGAAGCUCGAUUUGGAUGGGCUUGUUGUUAUUGGUGGGGAUGAUUCCAACACAAAUGCUUGCCUGCUUGCUGAAAACUUCAGGAGCAAGAAUUUGAAGGCACGGGUAAUUGGCUGCCCGAAGACAAUUGAUGGUGAUCUGAAAUGCAAAGAGGUCCCCACCAGUUUUGGAUUCGACACUGCCUGCAAGAUAUAUGCUGAAAUGAUUGGCAAUGUCAUGAUUGAUGCUCGAUCAACUGGGAAAUAUUAUCACUUUGUGCGGCUUAUGGGUCGUGCUGCCUCCCACAUUACCUUGGAGUGUGCUUUGCAAACUCACCCAAACAUUACAAUCAUUGGAGAAGAGGUUGCUGCAAAAAAAUUAACCCUUAAAAAUGUUACCGAUUACAUGGUUGAUGUGAUCUCCAAACGCUCAGAACUUGGUUAUAACUAUGGUGUUAUCCUUAUUCCAGAGGGCUUGAUUGAUUUCAUCCCUGAGGUCCAGCAGCUCAUUGCAGAACUGAAUGAAAUUCUGGCCCAUGAUGUUGUUGACGAAGCUGGGCUCUGGAAGAAGAAGCUAGCGGAGCAGUCUCUUCAGCUUUUUGAAUUUUUACCUCAAGCAAUUCAGGAGCAGUUGAUGCUUGAGAGAGAUCCACACGGAAAUGUUCAGGUUGCUAAAAUAGAGACGGAGAAAAUGCUCAUUCAGAUGGUUGAAACCGAGUUAGAAAAAAGGAAGCUAGAAGGUUCAUACAAAGGCCAAUUCAAAGGACAGUCCCACUUCUUUGGGUAUGAAGGAAGAUGUGGUUUGCCCACUAAUUUUGAUUCUAUGUACUGUUAUGCACUGGGCUAUGCUGCUGCUGUUCUUCUCCACAGUGGGAAGACUGGGUUGAUUUCAUCAGUUGGAAAUCUGGGUGCCCCUGUUUCAGAAUGGACAGUCGGUGGGACUGCACUGACUUCAUUGAUGGAUGUGGAGAGAAGACAUGGUAAAAACAAGCCCGUUAUCAAGAAGGCAAUGGUAGAGCUCGAAGGUGCACCUUUCCAAAAGUUUGCUUCAAUGCGGGAAGAGUGGGCACUCAAGAACAGAUACAUCAGUCCUGGUCCAAUUCAGUUUAUGGGACCUGGCUCGGAUGAUGUCAAUCACACCUUGCUGUUGGAACUUGGACUCGUUGCUGCUUAA